AUGGCCGAGGCAGAGUCGCCCACCAAUUCCGACAUAUCAACGGAUCCUCUGACCAGCACCCCUUCCAAUUCGAAGUGGCCUCAGAUUGGCCACUGGGAUUCCGUUCCACUGUGGUUGCGCGACAACGAAUUCAUCCGCACUGGCCAUCCGUUACCUACAUUUUCUCUCCAAAAAUCGUUUCGCCUGUGGUUUUGUAUUCACAAUGAGUUCGUCAAUAUUCAUUCUCAUGCGUUUGGUUCAUCUCUCGCCUUAGCGGCUGGAGCCGUUCUUCUUGCGAAAUCAUAUACACCGGACCUGCCGCCCAGUGCUAGCCUUCCAUCCAGCGCUGGCUUAGGUGAUCGCCUGGCAUUCGCAGCGUUCUUUGGAGCCUCUGCUCUUUGUUUUGGGUUUAGCGCUAUAUUUCACACGCUCAGGAGCCAUUCGUAUAACGUACAUCACUUCUGGGGCCGAAUGGACAUUAUAGGCAUUAAUAUACUCGUCUUGGGCGGCGGCGUGUCAGCAAAUUACUAUGCGCUUCAUUGCCAUACAACGCUUCAAAGGAUAUACUGGAUAACAAUUCUUGGUUCAUGCGUGUUAGCAUCAAGCACUCUCGUCGUCGGCAAACACAGAUCCCCAAAAUGGCGCACUCUACGAGGUGGUGUAUUUGCUCUACUGGGCCUUUCAGCAAUGCUACCUAUCAUCCACGGUAUCGGGCGUUUAGGAUGGGUCAACGCGAAACAGCACAUCGGAGCUCAGUGGUAUCUGCUCGAGGCUAUAUCGCUCUUGACAGGUGUCACUCUCUUUGUAACAAGGCUACCAGAAAAAUUAAGGCCGGGUUCAUUUGACAUCUGGGGAAAUUCUCAUCAAUUAUUUCAUUUUUGUGCUGUGGGGGCUAUGGUAUUUCAUUUCUUUGCACUAAGAAAGGGAUUUGAAUAUGUGCAUUCAACCUCAGAGUCAUAUUAA